UUCUCACGAAACCGUUUAACUUGCAAAUUUAGGAACAAUCGGGCGAAAAAAACGUCCAGUGACUUUUCAUGAAUUAUUUGAGAUUAAACAUGACGACGCCACAAAAAGUUGUGUUACUAGCUUGCGGAUCUUUUAACCCACCGACAAAUAUGCAUCUAAGGAUGUUUGAACUGGGAAGGGAUCAUCUACAAAGAGGCGGAAAAUACAAUGUGAUAGCAGGGAUAAUGUCUCCAGUCAGCGAUGGGUAUAAUAAAAAGGAUUUGGUAUCAGCAAAACAUAGAUGUGCAAUGGUAAAACUAGCUAUCAAGUCAUCAAAAUGGAUAAGAAUGGACACCUGGGAGUGUGAACAGCCAGACUGGACAGAGACAGCUAAAGUUCUUUCACACCAUCAGUUACUACUGGACAACCAGGCUAACACCCAAGUAAAAUUUACACCUUCAAAGAAGAGGAAAAAAGACAAACGCAAUGAAGAAUUUAUUGACAGAGUAAAUUCCCCCUCACAAACAAACAAUAAGGAAGAGAGUGAACACGAAAAUGUGCAGCUGAAAUUGUUAUGUGGCGGCGACCUUCUCGAGUCUUUUGCAGUUCCUGGUCUGUGGGCAGAUGAUGAUAUUGAAGAAAUAGUGAAGAAGUAUGGCCUAGUUUGUGUCACAAGAAAUGGAUCUGAUCCGAGAAAAUUUAUAUAUGAAUCUGACGUUCUGUCCCGAAACCAGGAUAACAUACAUAUUGUAACAGAAUGGAUACAGAAUGAAAUAAGUUCCACAAAAAUCAGACGUGCCCUGAGGAGAGAUGAAAGUGUGAAGUAUUUAAUUCAAGAUUCUGUUAUAGAUUAUAUACGAGAACAUGAACUUUAUGGCUUGAAAUGUGAUAAUAAGUAUAUAGAGAAAGCCACACCCUCACCAAUGUCAGAUAUAAUUGAGUACGUAGAUGACGGACUUCCGAAUGAGUCUAUCACCAUAAUCAGUACAAGAGAAUCUUUGUCCAGGUCGCCACGCAGAUCCGUAGAGAAACUGGAGAGAACGUCAAGCUCUGUUUCGAUGUCACCCAGACGACUUCUGAGUAGCUCAGCCAAGUUAUCAAGAAGCUCGUCACCCUCAAGUUCUCCCAAACGCAUGGUUGAUGAUGAUGAACCGGAAUCAGAUCGGUCGAAUUCGCCCAAAACUACACCCGUGUGUAUGAGCGAUAUUGGAACGAUAGUGCGACGUGUGAGAAACUACAAUCUCCACGGAAUCUUUCAACCAAAGAAGAUACAGCCGAAGUAAACGGCGAAAACUGAAUGUUAGCUAAACAGACUGUGACUGAAUUUAGAUAUACACAUUGUACUUUUAAAACUGUUUUUUCAUUCUCUUAAAACUGCAUAUUUAUCUGUGCUUUGUCAGUGUUUUCAAUUUGACAGUGAUAAUAGUUGCAAUGUUUGUACAGUUUAGUGUUUUAUUUAGUGUGAAUUUUUCUUUAAAAUUUGUUUUUACAGUUAAAAAAUGUUUCUUCAUGAGUCUUUUAUAUUGAUCUUUUUAUCAAUAUGCGAUAAAAUCAUUAGUCUUUCUUCUAAUGAGUCUAACUUCAAGAGGAGAUAAUUAUAGACUAUGCUUACAUAAUUUGUUCACUAAGGUAGUGGACCUGUAAUAGUAAUGUUUGAAAAGUUGCAUUAACUUGAUACAGUCUUAAAAUUAACAUUAUGUUUCGCACUGUGUUGCAAUUAUUAAACAACAUUUACCGUGUCGUUUUUUCAAAAUUUUGUAUAAUUUAUUAUAUUUUCUCAAGCUCAUAGACAAAUUUGAAAGUGAUAACCACUGUACAAAACAACUGCAGAGAAUUCAUGAUACCAAUAAUUUUGAUAAAAGAAACCACAAAGUAUUGGUUAACAAUUAUAAAACACAAAAUAAAACUGUCGAGAAUAUUUUUCUGAGGAGCCGCAAGUAAUAGGAUUUAAUCGGACAGAAAUUUAGCUCCAACAAAGGAAAAUUAUGGCCGAGUCCUGUGAGACCAUUUUAAAUUUUGGUCUCUACAUUUAAAAAUAACCAUGGGGCAUAAGUAAAAUCUACCUACAUUUCUUCCACAAUAUGUAAACUAAAGAGUAAA